GCGAAAACAUACACACUCACUCACAGGAAGUGAUCGAGUCAGGAAGGAACCGUCGAAUCCGACCAGAGAGGGAGCAGAGAAUGGCUUUGUGCGGCGACAUUGCGUUGAGCUUGAAGGAGGGGCGCGGCGUCGGGGAGAGCGAGGGGGAGGGAUCCGGGUUCGGGCUCGUGAGGUGCACGCGGGGCCUCGGGAGGAAGAGGGUCGGCAUCUCGGAGGGUCCCGAGGCGGCGGCUCCCUGGCGGGCCGGCGACGCCGGCUUCGGAGCUCCGCUGAAGAGGCAGUGCAGCGGGAGGUUGUUGCUGUUGCUCGACCGCUCCGAGAAGUCCGGUCUCGAAGCCUUGCCUCAGGACGUUCUGAUUAGGAUACUCUGUCACGUCGAGCACGGCGACUUGAAACAGCUAGUUCGCGUGUCCAAGACGAUCAAAGAAGCUACUGUCGUGGCGAAGCAGUGGCAUUUUGCAUACACAACGCCGACGAAGAUACGCGCGUUCAGGAACUCCUUUGAUUUGCAGAACCCGAGUGACUGCGAUGAGAUUGAAGCCCCGAACGCCCCGUUGAGGGCUUUCAGGUCGCGGAUUAGCAGGAAGAAGCUCGCGGAUGUCACGGCGGUGCUGUUCGCCUCGCCCGAUGAAGGGCAGUGGACCAGAAGAGGAAGUUUGUUCAUGGAAACUGAGACAUGAUUGAACCAAUCAGUCCCAGUGCUCCGGACCCGGGUUCUGUAGAGUGUAGAUAUAUUUCUUGUUGUAGAUUGUGGUUGACACGGAUUAGGCAGCGGCGGGAAGAGAGAGGGACGACGAAUAGGGGUAUGAUGUACAUGUAGAAAGAAUCAUUGAGCCACGGUUUCUUCAAUUGUUUCAUUGAAGAUGGAUUGGAUUUGGCUUCACAAGUUUAUUUUUUGUGUACACAUUGUAAAAGAGAGAUUUUUUAGGCGAUUUCGAGAGUUGUUUGAUGAAGGGGCUAUCCUGUUGUGGCCCUUCUUCCCAUGCUGAUAAAACCAUGAGAGAGGAGUGUUACAGUUAACCCUGCAUACUCUCCUAGUUCUGUGUAAUAAAACUAAGAAAUAUACUGUUCUGUUCUGUU